UUUACUCGUGCCAUAAUUGAUAACCUUCUCGAAAUCUUGGCCAACGAGGCGAUGUUAUUUUCGUCCGAUCAGGUUUCGGUAACCGAUCUGGCCGGCUCAAGUGGGGUUGGCCGUAGCGUGCUGAAUGCCCUUGCUCGUUGCUUUAAAGACCUUCUAAUGAACCUUACCUACUCAAAUAGCAUGGAGGCAUACAUUCGUGGCCGGAAUUUCAGGCACUCCACCGUACACAACAUUUAUCUCAUGCUCCUCAACCAAAUCCUUGAUGAAGAGUUUUCAGAGUCAGUUACCUCAAUCUCAGGUGGUAGCUCCAACACACUCUUGCGCCCUCCAUACUCAUCUGGUCAGCACAGAAUGGCGGGUUCGGAGGCUACCAAAGCUGUACAAGUUAUAUUCGCCAAAAUAUACUGGGCCUUCCUUAUCAUUGUCCGUUCUAAGGUUAGACGAUUUGAUUAUUUUCUUUUGGCCAAUUUCCUUGACAAAAUAAAAAAAAUGUUCAGUUGCUUUUAUUGA